AUGCGAGUUCUGGCUUGGCCAGGUGCAAGCUGGGAACAGAGCAGCGGAUGGAGCGAGGAGGCGCCGCUCCUGUGCUCUGGAGAGUCCCUGGAGCUGGUCUGUUCUACGGAAUCCAGUGGGGCCAGGCGGGGCAUGCCCGGCAGCCCCCGGCCGGCCCGGCAGCAUGUGCCCACCUCUCUGCGACGCUCAGGGAGUUCAGCUCCUGCUCUGGCUUUUCUGUGGCAAGCCUUUCCCCCUCCACUGAGGCUGCCGGUGUACCAUACCCUUCAGAUGUUUGUCCAGCACGAUGCUGCUCAGCUCUACCUCACGUUCUGGAACCUUCUUAAGGAUCAAAUAGAUGAUGUGGACUUGGUAGAGAGGCUGCAGGCCCUGUACACGAUCCGGGUGAAGGAGUCCCUGGUUUGCCUCCUCUCUACCAGAGAGAGCAGUAGGAACAGCAGUAUGCUGACCCUCUCCCUCCCUCUCUAUGACGUGGACGCAAAGCCUCUGCAAACACUGGAGGAGGCCCUGCGCUGUUUUUUCCACCCCAGGGAGUUAGCCAGCAAGAGCAAGUGGUUCUGCGAGGCCUGCGGGACGAAGACGCGUGGAAGCCAGGUCUUGAGGAUGACGCAUCUGCCCCAAACCCUGACCCUUCACCUGAUGCGAUUCUCCAUUCGGAACUCACAGACGGAGAAAGUCUGCCACUUGCUGCACUUCCCUCAGCGCUUGGAUCUCAGUCAGGUUCUUCUGGCUGAGCAUCAAGACUUCACUGAGGACGCAGAGCAGCGUGAAGCACAGUAUGAACUCUUCGCUGUGAUAGCCCACGUAGGGAUGGCAGACUUCGGUCAUUACUGUGCCUACAUUCGGAAUCCAGCGGAUGGAAGAUGGCUCUGCUUCAAUGACUCCAAUGUUUGUUGGGUAGAGAGGCUGCAGGCCCUGUACACGAUCCGGGUGAAGGAGUCCCUGGUUUGCCUCCUCUGUACCAGAGAGAGCAGUAGGAACAGCAGUAUGCUGACCCUCUCCCUCCCUCUCUAUGACGUGGACGCAAAGCCUCUGCAAACACUGGAGGAGGCCCUGCGCUGUUUUUUUCCACCCCAGGGAGUUAGCCAGCAAGAGCAAGUGGUUCUGCGAGGCCUGCGGGACGAAGACGCGUGGAAGCCAGGUCUUGAGGAUGACGCAUCUGCCCCAAACCCUGACCCUUCACCUGAUGCGAUUCUCCAUUCGGAACUCACAGACGGAGAAAGUCUGCCACUUGCUGCACUUCCCUCAGCGCUUGGAUCUCAGUCAGGUUCUUCUGGCUGAGCAUCAAGACUUCACUGAGGACGCAGAGCAGCGUGAAGCACAGUAUGAACUCUUCGCUGUGAUAGCCCACGUAGGGAUGGCAGACUUCGGUCAUUACUGUGCCUACAUUCGGAAUCCAGCGGAUGGAAGAUGGCUCUGCUUCAAUGACUCCAAUGUUUGUUGGGAAAUGUCUGUGGAGCGAGACGUUAAAGAUGCAAGGUGUAAAACUCUGGGAUAGGUG